AUGCCUGAGACGACUACUCUCAGACAUCGCACAGGUUUAACUAUCGAUAAGCCACAAGUGGGCGAUAAUGGUAGCAAAUCGUCCGAGGAGUUGAUAGAGAAAUUAGAUCGGUUUCUUUCAUCAAUUGAAGCUCGUCUAGAGAACUUUGAGAAGUUCUUUCAAUUUAAAGGUGAACAAGAACGUUCCAAAAAGGAAGACCAUGAAGUCGCAGUUGUUGAUGCGGAAGAUGAUGCUGAUCAAGAAGAGAUUGAGGGUAAUCUUAAACAUACCCGAUCUCGCAGAAGAAGCUCAUUUAUGUCUAUCUCAAACCUUGACAAUGUACGUCAAAGACUUAAACUUAUUAAGGACUCCAUGUUAAAGACAUCGUUUUCUAACUUGGAGAAUUUAUACAAAACUCUUGAUGAACAGUACAAUUAUUUAUUUAAUAAUGACGCGCUGUCUCAUGAAGGAGGAGGAGCAGGAGGGGGGAUUCUGUCUACAAUCAGUAGAGAAGUGUUAUCACAAAAGAUCAUUACCACCAUUCAAUAUUUUGAUGAAAAAAUGUUACAAAUAGAUGAUUUUGUCAGAAGUAACUCUCCUAGCAGCAAGGAGGUGCUACAUGAAUCGUUUCAUAAUCGGUUGCGGUAUCAUAACUUCAAUAGGGCUUUGAAGAAGGCUGAAAAUGAAUAUUUGUCCUAUUAUGAAUUACCUUUAGGCUGGAGAGAGAAUAAGUACAUUGUUCAUGGCUAUAGGUUUUCAUUGCAUCAUGGUUCAGUUUUGAAAUCGCUUUUUCAUUUCAAUCACAAUGAAACUUGGAAUAUAUGGACUCAUAUAUUUGGACUUGUUUUGAUGAUUUAUAUUACAUUGGUUCAAUUUCCUAGUACCGAAAUUUAUCAGAAGAAUACCUUUGUUGAUAAUGUUCCAAUCUAUGUGUUUUUGUUUGCUGGAAUGGCAUGUCUUUUCAAUUCUGUUAUUUGGCAUUGCUAUUCGUGUGUGGCCCAUCUACCUACCAGAGCUCUUUGUGCAUGCUGUGAUUAUUCAGGUAUAACCGUCUUAAUCACAUGUUCCAUUACUGCUGUUGAAUAUGUGGCCUUGUAUAAUUAUCCUAUUUGGCAAAAAUCCUUCAUGAUCAUUUCAGCCUUGUGUGGUUUGACAGGGUUUGGAUUCAACUGGUCUCCUUAUUUUGAUAAGCCAGAAUGCAGAUCCUUAAGAAUUGGGUUUUUUGUUGGAUUAGCAUUUGUGGGGAUGAUUACCUUUUUCUGUUCUUGUAUAUUUGAAGGGUUCAUUAAAUCAUGCAUUUAUUUUGGUCCUUUGUUCUACAAGAGUUUUAUUUGGUAUUGGACUGGGGUGGUAUUUUAUGGUGGGUUGUAUCCUGAAAGAUGGAGAUACGAUAUAAUUAUUGAAGAUGACAUGACUCAUGCUAAGGCUCAUUCUCAUUUACAUGAUGCCAUGGAAGUAAUAACGGAUAACAUUGAGAAAUCUGGUGAAGAUGAAAUUCAGAUGAUUGAAGAUGAUAUUGAUAAGGCUAUUGAGAAGGCUGAUCAUUUAUUGUCCAGUCAAGAAGAGGAAUCUGAACUAAAUAGUAUCAUCGAGAAGCAUUUUCCAGAGAAACCAAUGUAUACACCAUAUGCCAAGGAUUUUAUGUCUUUAUGGUGGGUUGAUUAUAUUUUUCAAAGUCAUAAUAUAUGGCAUAUAUGUGUUAUUUUGGGUGUAUUGGGUCAUUAUUCAAGUUUAUUACAAAUGUAUGGGGUUUUAAAUAAUUAG